GCUGAGGAUGGCGGCGGCGGCGCCGGGCCCCGGGGCGCCGGCGGGAGCGGGCAGCAGCGGCUCCGCGGCUGCCUCUGCGCUCUCCAUGGAGCGGAUUCAAUCUCUCACCGACCUGGCGGACCUGGAGGCCGCCUACAGCCGGCUGUGUGAGGAGGAGAGAGUCGUGCAGGAAGAGCUGGAUGCCCUCCUGGAGCAGCAAAGCACCGUGGAGAACAAGAUGGUUGCACUGCACCGCAUGGGCCCUAACCUGCAGCUGAUUGAAGGGGAUGCCCAGCAGCUGGCAGGGAUGAUCACCUUCACCUGUAACCUGGCCGAGAACGUCAGCAGCAAAGUCCGCCAGCUGGACCUUGCCAAGAAUCGACUCUAUCAGGCCAUUCAGAGAGCUGAUGACAUCCUUGACCUGAAGUUCUGCAUGGAUGGAGUUCAAACAGCCCUGAGGAGUGAAGAUUAUGAACAAGCAGCAGCUCACAUCCAUCGUUAUCUGUCUCUGGACAAAUCAGUGAUUGAGCUCAGUCGUCAGGGCAAGGAAGGGGGCAUCAUUGAUGCCAACCUGAAGCUCCUGCAGGAAGCGGAGCAGCGCCUGAAGACGAUUGUGACGGAGAAAUUUGAUGCAGCUAUGAAGCAAGGAGACCUGCCCCAGGUGGAAAGGUUCUUCAAGAUCUUCCCUCUGCUGGGCUUGCAUGAAGAAGGGCUGAGCAAGUUCUCAGAGUACCUCUGCAAGCAGGUGGCCAAGAAAGCAGAAGAGAACCUGCAGGUGGUGAUGGGGACAGACAUGAGUGACCGCCGAGCUGCUGUCAUCUUUGCAGACACCCUGACACUGCUCUUUGAAGGGAUCGCUCGUGUGGUGGAGACUCACCAACCCAUCGUGGAGACCUACUACGGGCCAGGCAGGCUCUACACUCUCAUCAAGCACCUGCAAGCAGAGUGUGACCGGCAGGUGGAGAAGGUGGUGGACAAGUUCAUGAAAGAGAGGGACUAUCACAGGCAGUUCCAGCAAGUGCAGAGCAGCAUGAUGAGAAGCUCUUCUGCAGAGAAGAUUGAACCAAGGGAGCUUGAUCCUAUUUUAACUGAGGUCACUCUGAUGAACGCCCGCAGCGAGCUCUACCUGAGGUUCAUCAAGAGGCGAAUAACAGCUGACUUUGAGGUGGGAGACUCCAUGGCCUCAGAGGAGGUCAAGCAAGAGCAUCAGAAAUACCUGGACAAGCUCCUCAACAACUGCCUGCUGAGCUGCACCAUGCAAGAGCUCAUUGGUUACUACAUCACCAUGGAGGAAUACUUCAUGAGGGAGACUGUCAACAAGGCUGUUGCCAUGGACAGCCACGAGAAGGGGCAGCUCACCUCCAGCGUGGUGGAUGAUGUCUUUUACAUCGUGAAGAAGUGCAUUGGGCGUGCUCUGUCCAGCUCCAGCAUAGACUGCCUCUGUGCCAUGAUCAACCACUCCACCACGGAGCUGGAGUCUGACUUCAGGGAGGUUCUGCACAACAAACUGAAGCAAGGCUUUCCAGCCACCACCUUCCAGGACUUCCAGAGAGGGGUGACCAGUGCUGUGAACAUCAUGCACAGCAGCCUGCAGCAGGGCAAGUUUGAUACCAAAGGCAUUGAAAGCACCAACGAGGCCAAGCAGUCUUUUCUGGUGACCUUAAACAACGUGGAAGUCUGCAGUGAGAACAUCAUGACCCUGAAGAAGACUUUGGAGAGUGACUGCAGCAAGCUGCUGAGCCAAGGCUUUGGAGGGGAGCAAGCCCAGGCCAAGAUUGACAGCUGCCUGUCUGACUUGGCUGCUGUCUCCAGCAAGUUCCGGGACCUGCUGCAGGAAGGUCUCAACGAGCUGAACAGCAGUGCCAUCAAACCCCAGGUGAAGCCCUGGAUCAACCUCUUCCUCUCUGUCUCCCACAACAUCGAGGAGGAGGAGUUCAGUGACUACGAAGCCAACGACCCCUGGGUGCAGCAGUUCAUCGUCAACCUGGAGCAGCAGAUGACAGAGUUCAAGGGUGGGCUCUCCCCAGUGAUUUAUGAUACCCUCACUGGCCUCAUGACCAGUCUCAUUGCCAUCGAACUGGAGAAAGUGCUGCUCAAAUCCACCUUCAACAGGCUUGGUGGUCUGCAGUUUGACAAGGAGCUGAGGUCUCUCAUAGCUUACCUGACCACAGUCACCACCUGGACCAUCAGGGACAAGUUUGCCAGGCUCUCCCAGAUGGCCACCAUCCUCAACCUGGAAAGGGUGACAGAGAUCUUGGAUUAUUGGGGUCCCAACUCAGGCCCCCUCACCUGGCGCCUGACUCCCGCCGAGGUCCGGCAGGUCCUGGCCCUCCGCAUCGACUUCCGCAGCGAGGACAUCAAACGCCUGCGCCUGUAGCUGCUCAGGGCUGGGCUCAGCACCCUGCUGAAGGGACUGGCUGGAAGAGCUGGAGCCUCCUGGGAGGUGCUGUGGAGAUGGAGGUGAUGUCUGGGCUGCCCUUCUGCUGGUGGUCCUCAGAGCAAAAGGCUCCCCUAUGAGCCAGCAUCCCUGGGCGGGAGCAGAAAGGAGGCAGAGGGAGCAGAAAGGAAUGGAGGCAGCAGCAGCAGAGGCUUUCCUUGCCCUGGGAGCAGUCUGCCCCUUCUGAACACACCCCCUGGGCUGAGGGACGAUUUUGUGCUUGUCCCCUCAUCCUGCUGCCCUGCAGGAGGCCACAGAGCAGAUCGAUUUUGGGGGGGGAGGGGGUUGCUGUUGUGGUGUAGGACAAAUGUGGGUCUCCAGCGUGCACUUGGCCCUGUGGCUGUGCUUCUUUUGUGCCCUCCAUUUGAGGGUGAGCUGCUGGGGGGGGGGUCCUCCAGAUCUCAAGCUCCUGGUGGUGGUGAGGAUGGUUCUGUUUGAAGGGGAUGAUUUCCUUGGGAAGGUGCCUGGAAAAUCCAUGCUGGAAGAAGCAGGGCUGUGCCCAGCUCUGUGCAUAAACCUUGCCUGGCUGAGCAGCAGCCUCAGGGCAGCA